AUGGAUGUUAUGGAUGAAAAAUUUGUUAACUUGGGUAAGGAGUUAGGUUUAGCAGGUGAAGACUUGUUCGAAUUCAUUAAGGAUAGGGAACAAAAGGCACGAGAAGAAAGAGCAGCUGUUAGGGAAGAUAGGAAACAAGAAAUUGAGUUAAAGAAACAGGAAUUUGAGUUGAAGAAAUUAGAGGAAAAUAUUCUAGAUAAACAGAUAGUUCUUGAGCAGGCUAAGAAAGGCAAUGAAUCUCAGUUAGGAGAUAUUAGGAAUGGAACCCAUAGUUUGACAAAAAUCCCAAAGUUACGUCACUUUGAUGAAAGUAGAGACAACAUAGACGCAUACUUAGAGCGUUUUGAACGAUACGCUAACAGUCAGAGAUGGCCAACAGAUUGUUGGGCUAUUAAUUUAGGUGCACUUCUACAAGGGAAGGCUUUGAAGGUCUACAGUAGACUGGCACCAGAUGAAGCUGCUAAUUAUUCUACUCUCAAGGACGCCCUCCUUCGUAGAUAUCAGAUAUCUGCAGAUGACUUCCGAAAGAAGUUCUACAGAGCAACGCCAGAGACAGGAGAGUCUGCUGGUCAGUUUAUGGCAAGGUUAGAACACUACUUCGAAACAUGGGUAGAUCUUACAGACACAGAUAAAUCAUUUGAGGGAUUGAAAGAUUUGAUAAUUAGACAGCAGUUUCUUGAGCAGAUUAAUCCAGGAUUAGCUAUUUAUUUGAGAGAGCGUACUCCCCAGACUACUAGGGAUAUGGCUGAUGCUGCUCAGAUUUAUAUUUCAGCACACGGUGGUCAUUUCAAGGGUCCCAGAAAGGACAUCAAAGUAAUGACACCUCAUAAGUCUGAAAACAAGAGUGAAGCUUUUCAUAAGGAAAAGCCUAAGAGUCGAAAGCCAAUUGGGCCAUGUUAUUUGUGUGACCAAAUGGGUCAUCUUGCAAGAAAUUGUAAGUAA